AUGGCAUCCUCAAGAAUCGACCUAGUGAGAGCCCACUUCUCUGCAGCUGCAGCUGAAACUCAAGUACCAACACAAAAUCUCGCUGCUGCUGCACAAGAGGAGCCAUAUCUGAAAGUCGUCCGUGAUGAAGUGAAUGGAAAGCCAACUGGAGUGGUCAUCUUGUCUUUCAACCGACCCAAAACUCUAAACCAUAUGAGUGUAGAAAUGGGUGAAGCCGUGGUUGAUUUCGUCAACAAGGCCAAGAACGACAGCACAAUUCGUUGCGUCAUAUUAACUGGUGAAGGACGAGCCUUUUCAGCUGGUGGUGAUGUCAGAGGAAUGCUGCAAAGAACUCUGGAGCCACCUGCAGCCAACCAUUCAGAAAACCAGGCUCAGUUUUACGGACGAUUUCUGAGCAUUCGUCAAUUGCCAGUCCCUGUUAUUGCUGCAAUCAAUGGCCCUGCAGCCGGUGCUGGAUUGAGUGUUGCAUUAGCUUGUGACAUGAGAUUGGUCGCUGAAGAUGCCAAAAUUGGCGUCACUUUCGUCCGCAUUGGACUCCACCCCGGAAUGGGCUGCACCCACACGCUCCUCAAAAUCGUCGGCCAUCAAAACGCGGCCCGAUUAUUAUUAACUGGUGACACCAUCACUGGCAAGGAAGCAAAAGAAUUGGGUAUCGUGCUAGCAGCAGUGCCCAAAGAGAAACUGAUUGAAGAGUCGUUGAAGCUGGCUCGUCGUGUUGCCACUGCUAGUCCAAUCGCAGUCAGACAGGCUACCCUCAGUAUCAGGAAACAGACUGAUGAGGGUCUUGAGAGGGCUUUACUUCGAGAAGCAGACAACCAAGCUCUAAACAAUGUAUUGCCCGACUUGAAAGAAGGUCUGGACGCUGUCAUCAACAAGCGAGAGCCCGUCUUCCGAAACAUUGGCGACUAUAACUGA